AUGAGUGCGCGCUCGAGCUCCACGGGCUCCCCGCGGCAACUCACCGUGAACCAGAUGAACCAGCUGUCGAUCCGCAGCCUCGAGGACCUGAACCAGCUCUCGCAGGCCACGCGCGAGUUCGGCGAAGUCUAUUCCGGCAACGGCAGCGACAGCGACGCGACGGCGCGCCGCAGUCCCAAGUUCCUCCAGCAGCUGUUUGAUCCGCUGGAGACGAGACGCGACGCGGCCUGUCUCUUCCGCGUCCGGAUCUCGGGCAUCCAGUGCCGGAACCUCCAGGGCGGGCGCUUUAGCGGCAAGAACGACCCCUACGUGGAAUUCCACUGGGACAGGGACGCCAGCGACUGUGCCAAGUCGAAUAAUCACGCUACGAACGUGAAUAAUCACACUACGAAGCUUAAUAAUCACACUAGCAAUCAGCACGGACUGGAGGACGGAGUAGCGACAGGGAUCCCGCCGUUCGCGACGCCUGUGAUCAAAGCGGACUUGAACCCGAACUACAAGGGCGUGCUCAUUACGUUCGAGUACAAGGCGACGCUAAAGGCGCUAGCGACCAAGUACUUAUCGGUCAAGGUGUUUGCCAGCAAACUGUUCCAAGCGAACCAGUUGAUUGGGCAGACGAAAGUGGACUUGUGGAGCAUUGCCACCGGCCCGGUUCAUCACGACCAUCACUUGGAAGGCUGUGAAAAUGGCCGCGUCGUGUUUAAUUGCUACAUGGAACAAUGCAGUGAGUGGGACAUUUCCGUGAGUGACGUGGGCGUGAUGAUGCCGGCGAUUGCCAAUGAAUUGGACCGACCGGAAGGACACGAUUUUCAAGAAGAUGCGUCGCUCCCGCUCAAGAAAUUCGGGGUCAGUUACAAGUGCACCAUUGGCAUUAAUGAGAAGUUUUAUAUGGGCAAUACGCUCAAGCAUGCCGUCAAGCGCGAGAUCGGCGAGAUUGACGAAGUCAGUUUUCAGGCUUUGGCCCGGUUAGCAGUGUUGUCGUCUCGAGUGUCGAGACCGAACACGCAGUCAAAGAACGAAGCUGGAGCUGAUGAUGAAGUUGCGGCCGACUUGCUCGUGGCUCAAGACCCGAUAGGUGUGGGAUGGACGUCAUCAUCGGACUACCUCCCUCCUAUCAAGCGGUACAGUACUUUUGACGAACUCAUGUCUGCAACUUUGACGCUGGAGGUUCGCCAACUAUUGGUCGGUCGAGGUCAAAUGUCUAAUGAUCCUGAUGAAGAGUUUUUGGGUCUACUGGACAAGUACAAGAACGAUACGUUGGCAACAUCCAGCACGGAUAUUGAGUUUGAUGAAGAGAUUAAAAACACGAUCUUGUUCGGGCAAACGUGGCUUUCGUUGGAAAAGAUCUUUGAAGAUGCCUUUCAAGAGCGGAUUAAGAAAAAGUAUGAUGCUGAUUCAGGUGAAGAGACAAAUGGCUUGGGGUAUUCCGAUGCGUUCGUGACGAGCAAGUUUGAACACAGCCUCACCCUAAAGGGACACCAAGUUGGAGUGAUAUAUGGUACGAUCUUGUUCAAGCGCAUUCCCGAUGUGCGGCAACUUCGAUGCGGCGUCAACAGCGAGAACGGCAUUUCUUCUUCAAGCGCGGUGAUUGUUGGAGCAGCAGCUGGAGGAUCGAAGAAGAAUUUGCGCAAAUCCAAGGUAGUAAUCCCGAUCGAAGCCCAGCUUGUGUUGGAGAAAAUGCAAGACCUGGUGGAGCUGAUGUCCAAUCGGCAAAAAGACGACAAGGAAGCCAAGGUGCGAAAGGCGACAAAAAUGCUGAAGAUGCUACAAAUUUCUCACAAAGAGUCCAUGCUGUCGUGGGUGUAUGUGUCUACCAAAGCGCUGGAAGAGACGAAAAAUAUCCUAUUGCGGCUGUGGCAGUUUUUGCUGGAAAACAUUCGCGUUCGUCACUAUACGCUCAGGAAUGUGUUCUAUGAACUACUUUUCUAUUUGGUAAAACGCGCAGAGCUGAGUGACUUGCCGUUGUUGGGCUUUGACACGACUGUGGUGACUACGUUGUUGGGGAUCAAACAUACGCAUAAAGUCUCGAAGAAAGAUUUGGCAUUUGCCUUGAAGUUGCGGGCGAUGCUUGUAGAAACCAAGUUCUGCGUCCUUCAGACCGUAUCCGUCCGUGGUGUCAUGAACAACAAUCUGAUGUUUUUCGUAGCGAGAAUGUUAUCGGUUCUGUGUUUCCGGCUUCCGAGUUUUGGUGUGGAAGUGUACCAGUUGUGGUCAGAAUCAUACAAUGAACCAGUUCCUGAACUUGCUGCUGAAUUUCGAAUGAACGCCGUUGCUGAUUUGUUUGCAAUGGAUGGUCUGGAAGCUCACUUGGAUUGGCGGCGAUUCCACAAAGCCGUUUUUGACGAGUACGGAGAGAAGGUGCUUCGGCAUCAAGAAGAAGAAGCUGAGGACAAGUACGAGGUGACUUCCGAAGCUUGGAAGUCGCGCUUUCGUCGGCUCAACGGAGAGGCAAACACUUUGAAUAUCCUGUUGGUGGAUCAGUGGUUGUGGUAUGUUCUGGACACCUUGGCAGUUCUUAACCGAAAGAUUGGUUGGGUCCACUUGCCUGGGUACACUCAAGUGCUGAUGGUAUUCUUCUUGGAGUUGAAGACGCAGAAAUCGGGCUGGCUUCCACCUACACUGUACAAGUUAUCGUGCACAAUGCUGUCAAACUCGAGCUUGAUCAACCCCAUGACCAAGUUUCUGCUGAGUAGUACCAGCGUGCAUGAUGUUACGGCGGUCAUUGGCACCGUGGAACUUCUUGGAGUGUGGAUGUAUAUGAUCCGAAGCUGGCGCGUUCGUUUGAGUUCGUAUUGCCUGUCGCAUUUAGAAAAUAAUGAUCGCUGGAAUUUUCACCAGGACGACCAAUACUCGAUUCCAGCCGGCGAUGAGGUGUCAUUGCUUCCGCCGUCGUUUGAUUUUCGUUUCCUUUGUGCAGCGUUGCGCAUUUUGCUGGACUCGGAACACACCCAGGUUGUAUUGACAACUCUGGAACUCCUUUAUAACUGUUGGGAUUGCUUUCCAGAGCGACAUGCAGACAAGCUUCGCAUUGAGCUGGUUCGGUCUUUCAUUCGACUAUUCCUACACUGGCACCGUGAAGUGCGAAGUUUCUUCCACACGCUGAUUGCUUUUCGAGCUAUGAAGCCGCACGGGUGGACUCAGAAAGGGGCAUCAUUUGUGGACACACCGCCGCACAGCCGUCGACAAAUUGACGCUGUUGCUGCCGAUUUCAAUUUAUCUCUCGGUACUGAAGAACCAAGUGAUGCUAUGCGCCGCUCGCGUUCUUACAGUGCCAACAAUCUAGCAGAUUCGGGACACAAGCGGCUUAGCGCAUCGUCACCGCGCUCAUCUCCGCGGUCAGGGUCGACUUUGUCUAUCACAAUAUCAUCACCGAACAGCCGCGGGUUCGGCAGUGGUCACAGUACCCCUACUUCGGACUACAAGAGUGGGGACAGUUUUCAUUUGGAUCGGCCGAAGGCUCGCAGUAUAUCAGAAGACGGUCUUAACCAGUCGGAGUCACUACAGCCCAAAAUGGAUUCAAACAUACAGCUGAAGCUCAAUCGAUUGCUCGAGUCGGUUUACGCUGCUGCCAAAACAUACAUCGAACGUCAGAGCGAAAACGGAAAUCUCUUGCGGAAGCAGACGAUGCAGGCCACGUGGAAGAAGAAGGGCAUGCUGCUCAAGCAAGGGUUUAUCUACAAGAACACUUGGGAGAGCAAGCAUUUUUCGCUUCAGAACAACAAGUUAGGUUACGCCGACACGGAACAUAGCCCAGUCAAGCGCGAGAUGAACGUUAUCGGUAGCGUGGUCUCUGAAGUGUCGAACCAGCUGGACCACUCUCAGGGAACGCGUGCUGUGCUCUUUAACUGCUUUUCCGUCGAUAGCGGUUACCAGAAGUUUGUUCUGUGUGCUCCAUCAUAUGAGGAGCAGCGUGAGUGGAUGGAAGUGUUGACACAAAAUGCAACUGCAGAGACUGCUGUGCGCAAAGAUAACGAAACACUGUCGCAGGUGGAUCUUGCCGAAGUUUCCGACCAGUUGGAGUCGCUUGCAGGAAAGCACACGGCUGCAGAUGAUGUACCAGAGUCUUUGUUGCCGUAUUCGGUCCUCGCCGUCAAAGAGUGGCUGAACUUCCGAGUAUCGGCGCUGGAGAUUGAGAGCAAACUUGCUGCUGGUCAGCCGUUCCAGAUGCCAGUGCUGCUAUCUAAGUCAUCAUUGUAUGCGGAUGAUGAUUGA